GCUGAAUUGUUAAUUUAUUGGGGUAUAGGGUUAAAUGGAACAAACUGAACUGAUUGCAAAAAAGGAAGAAAAAGAUGACUUAAACAAAGAAAAUUCUUUAGAAAUAGCUGAAGAAAGCCAAGACAAUCUUGGUGAUAGGAAUAAAUCACCUCUUGUGAAUAAAUGACCAUUCUUUGUCAAAGAGGAUGUAGAUUGCCUCGAUACCGAAAAGAAGUGGUUAAAUGGCGAAAUUAUUGGAAUAAGUGAAACCAAAGUUUAUAUUCAUUAUACUGGAUUUUCUGAUAAAUGGAAUGAAUGGAUAAAAUUUGACUCCAAAAGAAUUCAACACCAAUGGAAGCCUGGAAGGCCAUUUUAUAUAAAUAACAGAAUUGAUGUAAAGGAUACAGUAGAUAAAUGGCUAGAGGCAAUUGUAGUGGGUAUCAAAGACUCUGGCAAAGUCAUCAGAGUUCAUUACAAAGGUUAUACGGCUAAAUGGGAGGAAGACUUACCUAUAGAUUCAAACAGAAUUGCUCAAAUUGGACAUCAUUCCAAAGCACAUGGUUCGGGAAGAAAACUUAGAUCUGGAAAUUUAGCUUUAAAUUCAUUAACAAAAACUGUUAGUUCUGAAGAAAAGAGUUACCAGAAAAUAGACAGAAGAAACCCUGAGGAAAAAUUUGAAGAUGAUCUAGACAAAGCUGGAUUGAAGAUAAUCUCCAUCGGAUCAGACGGAAAUUGUCUCUUCAGAGCUUUUUCUCAUCAAAUAUAUGGGACGGAAGACCAUUACAGAUAUAUCAGAAUGAGAACAAUGGAUUAUUGUGAAAAAGAGAAAAUUUUCUUCGACCAUUUUAUCCCUGAAGAAUAUCCUUCAAUAGAGGAUUAUAUCAGACAUCGGAGACAAGAUGGAGUCUGGGGAGAUAACUUGGAAAUACAAAUCUUAACCGAAUUAUAUCGCUGAAAGGUUAUGAUUUAUGCUUAUAAUUCAGACCCUAUUUUUGUAAUGGGAGAAACAGAACAAGAUGAGAGAGUCGUCAGGAUUAGCUAUCACCAAAAUUCCCACUACAACUCUGUAAUACCUAAAGAAGGAGCAGCAGAUAAAGCAUGGAUAUUAUCUGACACUCUUGGAGCUUUAGAAGAUACUACCUUUGUAGACUUAGAAGGUAGAGAUGAAUUAGCAUCUGCUUUUGGUGGAUCUCCUUGAAGAGAAGGAGUUAUUCAUAGAAAUGGUCAUACCAUUGAUCAAAUUAGAAAUGCUGUAGAAGAAUCUAGAAGAGGAUUUGCUGAAGCAUUUCAAAGAGAUCUUGAAUCUGUACUCGAAGAGUCAAGAAAAAUGUACGAAGAAGCAAAUCCUUCUCAUUUUUUGGAAGAGCAAAAAGCCAUUGAAGAAUCCAAAAGAAAUUUUCAAGGAGAAAUUAGAGAAAAUCACCUAAUCAAUCAAUCUCUUCAAGAGUCUUUAAGGAGUAAUUCUGGAAAUCAAUUCUCAAAUUGCUCACUUGCAAGUCAUGAUGAUGAGAUGCAGGCAGCGAUGCUGGUUAGUGCAAUGAGCAGUUUUAAUAUUCAAGCAUACCAUAGGAAUGAACUAUCUAGGAACCCUAUAGUUGCUCAAUGAGUACAAUUAGGCUUUUCUGAAGAUCUUGCAAUUCAAGCAUUGAUACAAUUUGGCCAUAACCAAGAUGCUAUUCUUGACUAUUUAUUUGCUUUGAAUAUUCAAAACUAAUUUAUUGGAGAUUUUCAAUCUAA